UCAAUCGCGGCAGUUCUGCGCGAUGUGAUUGGUUAUUGUGUGGCUACUCCAUUACGUAUAUAAAGAACGCAGACGCCAUCGAAAUCAAUCGACGCUCAGACUUUGUCAAGUCUACAUCUACGCAGAGAGUUUUCGUUACAACUCAAUCUCGACAUGCCACCCAAAACCAGUGGUAAAGCGGUGAAGAAGGCGGGCAAGGCUCAGAAGAAUAUUAGCAAAACCGACAAGAAGAAGAAGCGCAAAAGGAAGGAGAGCUAUGCUAUCUACAUUUACAAGGUGUUGAAACAAGUGCAUCCCGAUACCGGAAUUUCCAGCAAAGCCAUGAGCAUCAUGAACAGUUUCGUUAAUGAUGUGUUCGAGAGAAUUGCCGCCGAGGCGUCAAGAUUGGCGCAUUAUAACAAGAGAUCGACGAUCACGUCUCGUGAGAUACAAACUGCAGUGAGGCUUCUUUUACCUGGAGAAUUGGCUAAGCACGCAGUCAGUGAAGGAACUAAAGCAGUGACCAAGUACACUAGCUCCAAGUGAAGCAAUUUAAUACAUAUUGCAUACGCAUA